GGCUGCCCAAGAUGGCGGCGCGCUGGGAGCGUAACAUCUGCGUUUCUAGGAGCUUAGCGCCGAGGUUGCCUUCCUUAAGACGCUGGGUUUAGAGGCCCACUCCAGACUGGUCGUCUGGCAGGAACUUUGACCUUAGAGAUGGCUCUGAGUAAAUCAAUGCAUGCAAGAAAUAGAUACAAGGACAAACCUCCUGACUUUGCAUAUCUGGCAUCCAAAUAUCCAGAUUUUAAGCAGCAUAUUCAGAUAAAUCUGAAUGGAAGAGUGAGUCUUAAUUUUAAAGACCCUGAAGCAGUCAGAGCUCUGACUUGUACUCUCCUAAAGGAAGAUUUUGGACUUUCUAUUGAUAUUCCGUUGGAGAGACUAAUUCCCACAGUUCCCUUGAGACUCAACUAUAUUCAUUGGGUAGAAGAUCUGAUUGGUCAUCAGGACUCUGACAAAAGUACUCUCCGAAGAGGAAUUGACAUAGGUACUGGGGCAUCCUGCAUCUAUCCUUUACUUGGAAGUACCUUAAAUGGCUGGUAUUUCCUUGCAACAGAAGUAGAUGAUAUGUGCUUCAACUAUGCAAAGAAAAAUGUGGAACAGAAUAACUUAUCUGAUCUUAUAAAAGUGGUAAAAGUACCACAGAAGACGCUACUGAUGGAUGCUCUUAAAGAAGAAUCUGAGAUAAUCUAUGACUUUUGCAUGUGCAACCCUCCCUUUUUUGCCAAUCAGUUGGAAGCCAAGGGAGUAAAUUCUCGAAAUCCUCGAAGACCUCCACCUAGUUCUGUCAAUACAGGUGGUAUCACAGAGAUCAUGGCAGAAGGAGGUGAAUUAGAGUUUGUUAAAAGGAUCAUCCAUGACAGUUUACAACUUAAAAAAAGAUUAAGGUGGUAUAGCUGUAUGCUGGGAAAGAAAUGCAGCCUUGCUCCUCUGAAGGAAGAACUUCGCAUACAAGGGGUUCCUAAAGUCACCUACACUGAAUUCUGUCAAGGUCGGACAAUGAGAUGGGCCUUAGCUUGGAGUUUUUAUGAUGAUGUAACAGUACCAUCACCACCAAGUAAGCGAAGAAAGUUAGAGAAGCCAAGGAAACCCAUUACAUUUGUAGUGCUGGAGUCUGUGAUGAAAGAACUGUCCCUCAAAGCAUCUCCUCUGGGCUCUGAGACAGUGGAAGGCAUAGUAGUUGUGACAACGUGGAUUGAAAAAAUUCUCACCGAUCUGAAGGUCGAACAUAAACGAGUUCCCUGUGGAAAAGAGGAAGUUAGCCUUUUCCUGACAGCUGUAGAAAACUCCUGGAUUCAUUUAAGGAGAAAGAAAAGAGAACGAGUGAGACAAUUGAGAGAAGUUCCCCGUGCUCCUGAGGACGUCAUCCAAGCCUUGGAAGAGAAAAGGUUCACUCCCAAAGAGUCUGGCGGUAGCCCAGACCCAGCCCCGGGCUCCCAGGAAAGUGCCCUGUGGGGGCCUGCUCUGCGGGAAGGCGAGUCUGCCACUGUUGGGGGCCCAGGCCCAAACCAGGACUCGCUUUCCCAGGAAGAAAACCCAGAACCCAUGGAGGAUGAAAGGAGUGAGGAAAAGGGAGAGAUGGAGGUUUUAGAAAGUUGUAAAGGCUCUAGCAAUGGAGCACAAGACCGAGAGGCUUCUGAGCAGUUCCACCAUCCAGUGUCUGAAAGAGGGAACCAUCUCCAAGGAGUGGCCGGACGUUACCUAUUCAAGUGUCUGAUAAACGUUAAGAAGGAGGUAGAUGAUGCCUUGGUUGAAAUGCAUUGGGUUGAGGGCCAGAACAGGGAUUUGAUGAACCAGCUUUGUACCUACAUACGUAACCAAAUUUUCAGGCUUGUGGCGAGUUAACUCCAAACUUCUUGCGCAGUCGAGAAGUCUCUAAAGCAGCUUGCUUUGGAGUGGCCUGUGGAGUGGCAAGAAGAAUUCCGCCAUGGGCUUAUUGGUAGCGUUAUUAGGAAUUAUCUUUAAAAACAGAAACAGAUUAAUGCAUUUGUAACUAUUCCCCCCCCCCUUUUUUUUAAAGUCACAGGGCAUUGUGGUAUGGUGGUAGUUCAAGAGGAAGAUUUGUGUCAGCAUCAAUAAAAAGCCAUCAGAAAACUCAUAAGGGAUUUACAGCUGACUUAAAGUGAUCCCACCUUAGCUUUAGACUGCUUCUCUGAGGCCAAAAGGAUUCUUUUUGGAAUCUGGUUUGGGUCAGAACUGAGACAAGAACUGGCCUGAUGGUAGAUGGUGGGAAUGUCAGAGAGAGAAAGCUAGUAAUGCCAGAAGAAGGGCUGGUCUGCGGAGCGCCUGGAGCCAUCACAUUCCUGACUCCUGGCUGUUUUGAUGUUGCUUAUUUCAGAAACAGAAUUAGGUAAGCAAAACUCCCAGAUGUGACUGAAAGACACAACAGAAGGAAGCCAUACUCCUACCUCCAGCCUGUUGAAAGUACUGUUUCGUAGCAGUUUCACUAGUGUAUGACAUUUGAAGUGGAACUUUUGUUGUUAAUACAAGAGUAUUCAGAAUUGAGAACUGUUGAUUGUGUUUGAACACUGGGGUUGGGGAAGAUGUUUUCUUGGUUUUGAAUGGGUAAGUGAUAGAAAUAAGAAAUGGAGCAAGAUAGUUACGUGUAGUAGGUUGCUUAAGAAAUUCUCACCUAUUGGCACAUAAGUUGUAGCUGAUCCAAUACUGCUUUUUGUGGAUUCCCUUGUUAUCCCCUUUGCUUACCUGUUAGCAUAGGAGAACUCUGAGGCUAGAGUAAUCGUGUUCUUAAACCAUGUUUCUAAUUGGAACGUCAGGGCUCAGCAGAAGGUCUCUGGAAAAGGAGUCUCUCUUUGUUUUGUUCCCUUGGUAUUUCAGUUACCCUCUGCUGUGCUUGACUUGCACAGCCUGCUUUUAUACCAGCAGCCUACGGUUCUUUUUAGACUGAAAUUUUUGAGGAUGGUGCCAGAACUCCUUGUUAUCUGCAAAGAAGACUGGGGCUGAGUAAUUAAGCCACACUUUUGAAACGUGGCUAUUGGUUAGGGCAGAAUACUGAUGACCUUGGCAUAUUUUGGCAGCAGCAAGACCAGGCCCUCAGCAAAGAUACAGGAAACGAAAAUAGGACUGUAUUAUACAUACCUCCCUGUAGCAGUGGAGACAGAGCUACAGAAGAUAACAUGUUAACCAAUCAGUGUUCUUACCUGGUUCAUGGCCCUCUACAGAAUCCACAAACUUCCUGGAUUGUUUCCAAAAGCUCUGUGAGCGUGUGCUUAUGUGCUUGUGUGCGUGUGUAUGUGUGUGUGUGUGUUUGUGUGUUUGUUCCUGGAGAGGAGUUCCUGACUUAGAAGAGGGGUCAGUGACCCCCUGAGCAUUAGGAACCACGAUUCUAGUCCAUCCUCUCAUCUGACAGGAAGAGGAAACUAGUGCAUAGGGUCACACUGAGCCAAGAUUCAAUCCAUGGCUUUGGUUUCCUCCUGUCCAGGUCCUCCUGUACCCACCCACGCUGUCCUGCUCUCCUUACCUCUGAUGACACAUUUGAAUCGUAUGCCAGACCCAAACCUAAGUUUCUAUCUUGAUAGAAUUUUAGGGUAAUUGAGUUAAGUGGCAACUGUUCAUUCGAUAAGUAGUCAGUAUUGUUUGCUUCAUUAAAAAAGAACUAGCACGUGCUCAUUAAAGAUUUGGAAAAGUGAAAGUAGAAAAUGGCAACAAAGUCUCAACCGUCUCAAACACAGCCACUACUGGUAUUUUAGUAUUUCCUUCUACAGAUGGGGUGUGUGAUUGUAUGGGUUUGACUUUGGUUUACUCAUGUUGUGAGAUAUGCUUUUUUUAUUUUUAUUUUUUAUUAUUUCAGUUUUAUAUUAUGCUUUUUUAAUUUAACAUCUUAGAAGUAUUUUUCCACAUUGUAACAGUAGUGUGUUUAUUUACACUCCUUGCCUGUUCAAAAUGCAUUUCAGGCACAAUAUUAGCCUUUGUUUAAGUCUAGUACUUAGACUCCCAGAGAAGAGGCUGUGUAACUGUGUCUGUGUGUGUGUUUCAGUGCCCCAUGUUUAAGGCUUGGUGUCUUGGAGGAGGUUUUAAUAGGUUUUAAGUUAAUGUUCUUAGAAUUUGAAAAGUAUGUGACGGGGUAGCUUUCAGUACUAGAGCUGUGAGUACCUUCUUUGCGUUUGGAUGUCUUCAUUUCCUUUUCUGAGAAGUUUAUUUCUAUCUUAUGAGAGAACAUUGAAAACAUUUUUAAAAGACAUCCAAAAAUUCUCUUAGUUAUGCAUAUACUUUAUCAUUAUGUGAUAUGUGAUAGCAUAGAUAUACCUCUGGCAUAGGGGAAAGAGGAUUUUUUUUUUUACUUUAAAGAACCAGGUUAUUGACCCAUGUAUCAUAAUGUUGAAUGAUACUUGCCUUAAAUGUCUGGAGGUCAAGUUCAUGUUGAUGGAUUGGUAUGGAAUUAAAUAUUUGUGGUAUUAUCUUAAAUCCUGUUCUGGUCCCUGACAUUGGCUUCUGAUCUCCUGAUAACUAAAGUGGGAACAGAAACUGAACUUGUUUUCCAUGGAGGACUAAAGCUGCUUUUGUUCUUUGGAAUCUGCUUCACUUCCAACCAUUUGGUUCCCUCACCCCACAUCCUCAUCUUACUACUCACUUACCAGAGCACUGCCACAUGUCCUAGCAGGCUUGGCGUCGCUGCGGUACAGUUUCAGCUUUCUUAAGGGUUCCUGUUGAUUACUUAAAACUUUAGUAUAUAUAAUAUUAUUUAAAACAUGAAACCUCUCCUCUUGAUAGAAAUCAAAGCUUACCAUGUGAGCACACCAACUUCCAAGCUCUGACAAGUAAUAAAACUGCAAGGUGUGGAAAACCCGAGGCCUCUUAAAAGAAGGGAGUAGCCCUUCCAUCUUACUUAAGCCACAGCAUUUUCCUCUGUAGCCACACGGGGGCACCUGUGGCCCUUUUAUCAAGCGCCUUAACUGCACUUUGGGAAUGGAUAAAACUGUGUCCUUGGUAUUUUCUUGAAAUAUCUGAUUGCUACCCAGAUAAAUAUUUUUAUGUAAAUAAGUACAUUUUCACAUAAAUAAAACUUGAAAAAUAGAAGGAGAAAAUUAAAACUCCACUAUCCCCUGGUCUUUUUAUCUGGGCAUAAUCUUUCAACCUUUCUAUGUUUUUUUAUAGUCCCAGUUGACUAUUUUUUUCUUUUCUUUCCAUCUGUCCUGCUACUCUACAAUAUAUCCAAGUUGGGUCAGUACUUUGGAUCAACUUUUUGUUGGUGUCUAGUUAAUUGGGGUACUAGAGGGAGAAUUUUAGUAAUCUUAAACAGUAACUUUUCAAAAGCCUUGGAUGUCUUCAUUAUAUUACUCUAUGUUCCAGGAAGAGUAAUAUAGAGAGCUCUGAGAAAGAAACUGUUUUCAAUGUUCUUUUAUCUUUUUAUUCUUGUUUUGGUUUAUCUGGCUGGAUGACUAGCACUCAUGUAAUACGUUGUUUACAUCAAAAAUUGGCACCGUUGGUUCUGUGUGGUAUGUGUUAUAUACACAGUUAGCCAGGCCUUCUGCCCCGCAAGAGGUGUUUCUGUGUAGAACAUGUAUAUUACUAAGCCUGGGGUCCAUGUGACUCAAGGAAAAGUUCCAUCUACCCUUAUUUUUAUGGCACAGAAUCAGAUGUUACAGGUAGCCGGUCGCCCAAUAGAUUUGCACAUUAGGAGGAAGAAGGUCCACUUUGGAAAACUAAGGAGCCCUCUGGGAGGAGGAAAGUCUCAAAAGUACAGCAGUUCUACAGCCAUCAGGAGGUGCCCCUGGGAAAAGGACCUGACCACAUUUUUUUAGGGAAGUUGGUGCUUGGGAGAUUUGGUUUGCUAAAUGGGCAGUGAGUGACCCCAGUAAAACCCAGAAGACGCUGAGUAGUAGAAUGAAUUGGCCGCUGCCUCCUAAAGCAGGGCACUGAUGGUCUUGAACGUUUCUAAUGCUCCCAAGUACAAAUCUCUUGGUGCCCGUGCCAGCACAGUAUUAGAAAGCCCUGCCUGGGGCUCCCCUGCUAGCAGCAGAGCCUCACGCACAUGCCUGAGUUCCCACUCUGCUCUGUAAAGACACUCACGUCCUCUGCUGUGACUCACCCAAAUGACCUAAAGAGCAGUUUAUUAUUUUAAUUGCUGCCUUUUGGAGGCAGUGCCUUUAUGCGUGGGAACUGUGUUGUGACUGAGUGAAGGCCUUGUGCUGCUGAAUGCCCUGUGAGGUGUAGUCUGUCCGCCUGUGUCAGCUCAGGCAGAGACAUCAGCGACGCUGGCUUCGCUUCAGGCAAGCGGACGGUCACUGGUGCUUCUUAUGAGCCAAGGAACUGAGAUAAGAAGGAGUGGACCAGAAAGUGCAGGUGAACUUGGCAGAAUUGGCUUGUUAUGAUGUUUUUAAGAGGGCAAAGGAUGUUUAAAUCCUAGAUGCUUUUCCAACCACCCCAGGGGAAUGAAAAACAGAAAAGAGCACAGACUUCACCGUUCAUCAGUCGUGGGUACCUUCCAGUUCCACGGACCGGGUAAACCAAUUUCACUAAGCCUUUUCCUCAGAAAAGAUGAGGGAUUCUUGCUUCACAGAGUUGCAGCAGCAGUUAAGUGACAGAAGUACUAAAACAGCUGGACGAGUACAUAUGCAAAGAGGACGCUUCUCAACUUGUUCAUCUCUUCUUAUUCUUUGAAUUAUCGACUUCUAGUCAGAAAAUCAUUUCUACCAAUAAACUCCAGUGAAAAGGCCGAGACCUCGAGUAUAUAAUAGCAGGCGCAACUACCACUUUUUGACCAAGAGCUAAACUCAAGCUUCCUGGAGGGACGAAAAGGAAACCAAUAUUGAUUGGCCAUCUUCUAUAUAAAUUGUCUCAUUUAUUAACCCUGCAAAGUGGUAUGGUGUCCCUGUGUGACAGAUUAAGGAAAUGGAAGCUCAGAGAACUUAAGGGACUUGCCCUAAGGUUAUUCACAAAGCUAAGUUACAGAAACAGGAUUUGAACUCAGGUCCAGAGAUCCAAGACAGGGAUCUUGUAACAAAUUUCAAGAUUUGGAACAAGUGCUACACUUAGGAUGGAAAUAGACUUUCAGGCUCAUUUGACCUACCUCUGGGAAAGGAGACUUAAAUUAUAUGACACAAGGAAGAGAGAAAGGACACCUCUUACCCAACUGUACAAUUUAGCACUAUAAGGUAAUAUUAUUUUCCAGCCUAUGAUCAAUGAGCAAGAUUUAAUAGGUGAGAUUGCUUCUAAUUAGUUCUUCAUUUCUGCUACCAAAUCGUCAUAGAAUUUUGUGUUUGGUUGGGUGAAUGAACUCAAAAUCUGGAGAAAAGAAAAGGCUGCCUGCCAUCUGGUGGACCCAUUCAGGGAGUGUGGCCCGAGAGUCUAGAAACCAGAGCUAGGAAAUUCCCAGCUGGGGAACUUGGCUGGCUCCGGCAGCUCGGCAGCCCCUCGGGAAAUGUGCUGCUGCUGGCCAGAAGAGGAGGAAGCCAGAGAUCGCUGCUGGGCCUGGGACAGCGGGUCUGGCAGGGCCUGCUCCCUUAGAUUGGCUGGCCAAGGGACAUUCCCAGUCUGGUCCAACAGGGUCCUCCAUUCAGAUUUGUUUGUCCCAGGAUUCCUGCCUUCAGGGCCAAAGGUGGGCUUUGUGGGUCAAAGUCUGACCUGUCUUUCAGUGACCUCUAGAUGAGCACUAAUAAGGACUUUUUCAUUCACAAGGGGAAGUACAAGACUUCCUCCUUUCCUAUACCAGGGGCCAGGCAAGAAGAGAUGGGGCUCAUCCUCUGACUAAAAGGAAGUAGCUUUUAUUCCAUUCCUGCUGGUUAUUGCCCUGCAAAAAUAGGUGACCAGUGUUGUUGGGUCUUUUGAGGUUUUUUUUUUUUUUAAGGGAAACCAGAAAUCCAGAUUUAUGAGAAAUUUACGUAAUUAUAAAUCCUGACAACUAAUCCAGUAGUUUCUAAAAACCUGGUACACCAUUAGUUUGUGACCUCUUCUCCUGCCAGGCAGUAGAACUUAAUAUUUGCUUCCUCCACUUUCCUAACUCUUGUUUACUUCAGCUACUGAAGUCUAGUUGCUGCCCACACUCCUUUUUCAGAGUUUUUCUCAUCUCUUAAAGGGAGAAUCCUAAAGAUUCUGUCCGUGGGUCGUGUUUGCUCUUUUCUCCCACUUAUGGCUGCGCUCAUCAUCUCCGUGACUUCCAACUGCUGCUCACCUAUACACAUGCCCAAAUCUAGACCUUCCUGAACCUCCCACAUGCAUGCACCUAACCUCCUAUUGGACAUGUCCCCCAGGACCAUGGUUGUGUCAGACUUGACUUACUGUCUACAUGUUUCUGUCCUGUAUUUUGGAUCAUCACCCAGCUGUCCAGAUUAGAAAUCUCUAAUCUUCCAUCUCCUUCACCACCAGGGACUAAAAUCUUCCACCUUAGAAAUAGCUCCCAUAUCCAGCCCCACCUCUCCAUGUUCCUGCCAGAGCCUAGUGCUUAUUCCUCCUCUCACCUGGCCUAUAAGGGGAGCCAGAACCAUUUCUGGGGGGCUUCAGAGCUAAGCGUCAGAGCAGAUUUAGGUAGGUUUGGGGGGGGUGAAACCUCAUUUCGGGGGUGAAAUGGGAGAGCUUUCAGAAAAAAAACUAGAAUGGGAAGUAGACCCACAGCAACAGGUCACGUUAGUUGAGAUGGAGAA